AUGAUUGUGAAUUCAUAUGAUAAUGUGAAACUUUUCAAUUAUGACAAUAAUACGAAUAUGUUAGAUGACAGUUUUAUUACAUUACAUAAAGUAAAACGUGAUAAUCUAUCAAAUCCAAUAUUUAUCGAUGAUGCAUCAGCAUUUUUGGCAAGUUUAUUACCACCAACAACAGCUUCAACUUCAAAGAUAAUAACGACUACAGAAUCAACUAUACCUUCAAUAUAUAUUAUUACAAGUUUUAGCACACUAGUCACUACCGUACAAACUUCUACUCCAUCAUAUAAUCCUGAUAAUUGUCUCAUGAAAGAUUUUCUUCGAUUAUCUAACGGUACUUGUAUAUCCAAAAUUGAUGCACAAAAAAUUGCAGUCAGUAUAUUAAACAAUAGUUCUCACAAUGCGACUGAAACAUCUCAUGCUCUUUCAUUGUAUAUUAGUUCAAUUACAAACUCAACAACAAUACAAAACCAGACGCAUGUUUUAUCAGUGAAUAAUAUUAAUAAUAUAGUCGACAAUCUGAAUGGUGUCAAUUUAACUAUAAACUCAAAUACAUCAUUUCUUAUGGUGCAACAUCCAAAUAAAGGUAAUAAUAUGAUUAUUUUGGGUGCUUCAUUUAAACGUGGUAUUGGUGGUAACAUUGUUGAUACAUUAAAUGAACAAAAUAUAACGCAUUCAUUUUUCUCAGCUGCAGCCAUUGUUAGUCAAGAAUCGUUAGAUGGUGUAAUAUCUUUUAAUAUGCUUAUUAUUGAUAAACCUACUGGAUAUGAAUAUGUUGAUAAUUCAACAAACAAAACACUUGCAUCAUCUGUUAUUAUUACUAGUCUACGACGAAAUAAUUCUAGUUUAAAUUCAAUAAUUAUUUCUUUAUAUUUUAAUCCGUUAGAUGAAUAUAAACGAAAUGAUUCUGGAAAAUAUUUAUGUUCAUUUUAUGACACAAACAAUUCGCAAUGGAAUGAAUCUGGUUGUAGUAAUGCUCAGUAUAAUAAAGAAUUUAAUCGAUAUGAAUGUGUUUGUUAUCAUUUAACUUCUUUUGCUCUUAUUUGGUUACCAGAAUCGUUAUUAACAGAAAUUUUUACAAAGAAACUUGAUGCACAAGAUAUCGCUUCACUUAUAUUUCAAUCUAUAUCUAUUUUAUGCUUUCUAGCAAUUAUUAUUCAUGCAAUUAGUAUACGUAUUAUAAAAUCAUCAAUAGAUGUCCAAGCACUCAAUUUACUUCCAUUAAUUUCAACCGCAAGUACAACCAUACUUUUUAUUUUUUUUAUUAUACUUUCUAUGACUGUAUAUACUCAAACAUCAUCUUCGAAUCAAACUCAGUGUUUUUUAAGUUCAAGUAUAUUGAUGUUUAUUGUUUAUUUCUUAUUAAUUUUUAUGUUUUGUGUCAAAACAAGUGUCGGCUAUUUUUAUUAUUUACGUUUUGUUCGUCUUUUCCCACAACCAUCACAUCGAAAACUUUUAAUUAUGCUUAUCAUCUCAUUUAUUAUUUCACUUUUCUGUCUUGCUUUUGCAAUUGGUUUUAAUACCAAAUCAUCGUAUAAUAUUACACAAUUAUAUCCAUAUAGACUUUGUUGGUUUACUCGAAAUGUUAUUUAUUAUUUUCUAACAAUACCUAUUUGUAUAUUUCUUUUACUUAAUAUUAUAACAAUUGUUCUUGUUUCGAAAAGUAUAAUUACUUAUACACGUAAUGCUGUAACACCUGAGCAAAUAAAUGAACGAUUAAAACGAUGUAUUCUUGUUCUGUUGUCAUCAUGUGUAACACAAGGUAUUGGAUGGUUAUUUGGUCCAUUUAUUUCAUUUAUAAGUCCAAUAGCUGGAAAUAUUCUAGGAUGGAUUUUUAUUAUAUUGAAUGGAUUGGAAGGUGUUUGGUCAAUAACUUUAUAUAUACUAAUUCGAUCACAAAAAAUGGAUAAGCAAAAACAUAUUUCAGCGGCAAUAGAACUAUUAAAAACAACUGGUGUUCCAUCAAGUCUUUUUCAAUCUAUUCCCAUAUUAUCAUUAAAUGAAACAUGUUGGCCAACAGCAAAUAACUUGACAUGUGUUCUUAAUGCUUUACUUUUUGGAUAUAAUAAACAAUUGAGACCUAAUCAUACUGGAGAUCCACUUCAUGUUCAAGUUUAUUUGAUGAUUAUUACUCUAGGACCUAUUGUCGAAUUAGAUAUGUCGUUCACAAUGAAUUUAUUUUUUCGUCAAAUUUGGACUGAUGAACGUCUUACUUUACCUAAUAAAAUAUCAAAUGUAGCUGUAUCAACAAAAUUACUUAGUGCAAUAUGGAAACCUGAUACAUAUUUUAUGAAUUCUCAUUCUGGUUAUCUUCAUACAACACCAACACUUAAUCAUCUUCUACGUAUUCUUGAAAAUGGUCGAUUACUAUAUUCAAGUCGAUUAACAAUUAAAGCUUAUUGUUCAAUGCUUUUACAAAGAUUUCCAUUAGAUGUUCAAACUUGUUCAUUAAUUUUAUCAAGUUAUGCUUAUGGAACACGUGAUGUUAUUUAUGAUUGGAAACUUGAUGAACAUAAUGGUGUAGAAUUAGAACGUUCAAAAUUAUCUCAAUUUGAUUUAUUUAAUUAUAGAAUUUCAAAAAGAGAAAUUCAAUUGAAUGAUCGAAAUCAUUCUGUACUGCAACUUGAUCUGCAAAUGCGUCGUAGUGUUGGUUAUUAUUUAUUACAAGGUUAUAUUCCAGCAGCUUUACUUGUUAUUUUAUCUUGGAUAUCAUUUUGGAUUGAUAGUGAAGCAACAGCCGAUCGAGUUUAUAUUGGUAUUACUUCUAUACUUAGUCUUACAACACUUGCACUUGAUAUUCGUUCACAUAUUCCAGCUGUACCUUAUUUAACUGCUAUUGAUUAUUUUUUUAUUAUUUGCUAUUUAUUUUUACUUGCUUCAUUAAUUCAAUAUACUGCGGUUCAUCGUUAUCUGGAAUACGGUCAUUCAUUAACUAAUACACGUACUAGUGAAGAUUUAUGUGAAUCAUCAAGACAACGACAUAUGGCAAUUACAUCUCGUUCCUCAAAUUUAUUUGUAUUAAGACCUAGUCGAAUGCCAAAAAUUCGUUCAGUACACCAUGCUCGUCGUUCAACAAUGGCAGUUGUUGCACAAGGUUUACUUUUUUUAACACGAAAAGCACCAUUACAUAAACUUGAUCGUCUUUCACGCAUUGGUUUUCCAUCUUUAUUUGUUCUUUGUAAUUGUAUUUAUUGGUACAUUUUUGUUUUUUAUACAUCUGAUUAA